ACCCACAAAGUGAGUUUACUUGCUGCUGGUGUACUUGGUCACAGCCUUGGUUCCUUCACUGACAGCGUGUUUGGCCAGUUCACCGGGCAGAAGCAGCCUGAUGGCAGUCUGGAUCUCGCGGGAACUGAUGGUUGAUUUCUUGUUGUAGUGGGCAAGGCGGGAAGCUUCGGUGGCGAUGCGCUCGAAGAUGUCGUUCACAAACGAGUUCAUGAUGCCCAUGGCUUUGCUGGAGAUACCAGUGUCAGGGUGAACUUGCUUCAACACCUUGUAGAUGUAGAUGGCAUAGCUUUCCUUUCUCUUUCCCCUCCUCUUCUUCUUUCCAUCAGAUGGAGCCUUUGCUUUUCCAGCUCUCUUCUCGCCUUUCUUACCUGCAACUUUGGGUGCCAUGUCUGUCGAUCAGAAUGGAAGUGAAUGCCCCAGGUUAACACAGAAUCUAUUUAUAACAAAAUCACUAGGGGAUCAAUUAACAUGCGGAUCGAAAUCCUUAAGUUUUAAUUGGUUAUUCUAUUUUAAUAUCAAUAUGCUUUCCGCAUACAUCAUCAUAUUUCAAUAACCACUGAAAACUUUUAAAGCGUGAUUGGUGCGUUUCGAUCCUAUUCAAAAUUUGCCGCGCGUAUAAACUCUAAAGUUUUUAGCUCAGGGUUUAUUCACUCGUGCAUAUUGCAGCUCAACUGUUGAUUUGAAAACAUGUCUGGUCGCGGUAAAGGAAAGGCAAAGGGCACCAAGUCCAAAAGCCGAUCAUCCCGAGCAGGACUUCAGUUCCCUGUUGGACGUAUCCACCGUCUUCUUCGCAAAGGCAACUAUGCUGAGCGUGUUGGCGCUGGUGCUCCAGUCUACUUGGCUGCGGUGCUUGAGUAUUUGAGCGCUGAGAUCCUUGAGUUGGCGGGCAACGCUGCUCGUGACAACAAGAAGACUAGAAUCAUUCCCCGUCACCUUCAGCUUGCUGUCCGCAACGACGAAGAGUUAAACAAACUGCUCGCCGGCGUCACCAUCGCGCAAGGUGGUGUUCUUCCCAACAUCCAGGCUGUUCUCCUUCCCAAGAAGACUGAGAAGAAGGCGAAAGCUUAAACACUUCUUUCCUGAUUUCAAAAACAAACGGCUCUUUUAAGAGCCACCACAUAUUAUAAAAGUCAUGACCAUAAAGAGAACUAUAUAUGAACUCAGUAGAUGCUCCCUAGUUCGAAUAAGUCAAUGACUUCACACUAACUUCUUACGUUUAAAACGACCAUCACAGUCUGCUUUGUAGUUUCGGGUAUGCAUAAAUUUUUUGAACGAGUAGCAAUUGGCCGAACUAUAAGAUCAGUGAAAGAUGACUAGACUAAAGUAAGUUCGAAAACUGGUUGAUGAUAAUGCUAAUUUCUGAUGUGUGGUACGGUUAACGUUCCAGAACCCUGACUUGUUUUUCACUCUCAUAGUUUCGGUGAAGUCAACCGUUACAACGAAUGCAAAUCAGUUGUUACCGACGCGCGCAAUUUAGAUAAACGGCGUGCAGUUGAUUGCUUUUAGGCAAGAAGUAAUUAUCCUUAGAAACUCGACAGCAAAAAUUACACAAGAAUAAUAGCGAUUAUUUCUGAAAGUUACUUAUAUUCCAAAAUUUAACGUAAAUUCUUUUACUACUGUAAUCUUUCUUCAGUGCCCCAACUAACGAGAAGUUUAUAUUAUGACAAAGAAAACACUUUAUUGGUUAUGACUUUUAGAGAUUUGGUGGCUCCUAAAAGAGCCGUUUGUUUGAGUGUGUAGCUCAAAGAUCUAGCCGCCGAAUCCGUACAGAGUACGUCCUUGGCGUUUCAGAGCGUACACCACAUCCAUGGCGGUCACCGUUUUGCGCUUGGCGUGCUCGGUGUAGGUCACAGCAUCACGGAUCACAUUCUCAAGGAAAACUUUGAGAACACCACGAGUCUCUUCGUAGAUCAGGCCAGAGAUUCGCUUGACACCGCCACGGCGAGCAAGACGACGGAUAGCUGGCUUGGUGAUGCCUUGGAUGUUGUCGCGAAGAAUCUUUCGGUGACGCUUGGCGCCUCCUUUUCCUAGACCUUUGCCUCCUUUACCGCGACCAGACAUGUUGAAACUCUUUCUCGGACAAGAAAUAAUAACUCAAUACAAGAGUUUCUGUCUUUUUAUACCAAGAAGAAUGACCUCACGGAAAACAAGCUAUUGAAGAAAUAAUUUCUCUUUCUUGAUUGGUUAGAACAGACAAAAGAGUCAAGGGGUCAAAUUAAUUAUUACCUUUAUACUAUUGCCUCACUAGACAAGUGCGAACAUGUUGAAGGAAGCAAAAUCACCAUCAUCACUACAACUCUUGCGAUAUAACUGUCAGACUGAUUUUAUGACGAUAGUUUCUUACAAUUAACAACGACAACUUAGGAAUAAUUGUUUUCUAUAAAUCAAAAGAACCUUAUGUGACUUAUAGCAUCGCAAUGCAAGCCUAGAUCAUAGCAAUAUUUUACGAGCAGUCUUGGUUAACCAAUGAAAUCGCAUAGUUUAUAACCAAUCAGCAAAAAGCGCGCUAAGUAUAAAGUAUCGUGGAAGGAAUAUUACAUACAUUAUUCGUUGACUUUUGAGGUAACAGAAAUGGCACGUACAAAGCAAACUGCCCGUAAAUCGACUGGUGGAAAAGCUCCACGAAAACAGCUCGCCACAAAGGCAGCUCGUAAGAGCGCGCCUGCCACUGGAGGAGUCAAGAAACCUCAUCGUUACAGGCCUGGUACAGUGGCUCUUCGAGAAAUCCGUCGUUACCAGAAAUCCACCGAGCUGCUAAUCCGCAAGCUGCCCUUCCAGCGUCUUGUGCGAGAAAUCGCUCAAGACUUCAAGACCGAUCUGCGUUUCCAGAGCUCUGCUGUGAUGGCGCUUCAAGAAGCAAGCGAGGCUUACCUCGUUGGUCUGUUUGAAGACACCAACUUGUGCGCCAUCCACGCCAAGCGCGUCACCAUCAUGCCCAAGGACAUUCAGUUGGCCCGCCGAAUCAGAGGAGAGCGUGCAUAGGUGCAUUGCCUCUAGUUCAAAACAAACGGCUCUUUUAGGAGCCACCACAUCAUUAAAAGCAAUAACCAACAGCAGUAUAAAUUUUGAACAACCAAUUUUCUAUAAGCUCAAAAGCUAUUGCAGAGUGUGUUACAUAUUACUAGCCAGAUUUGUUUUCAACCUUUUGUUUUUCAAAGUCAAAAAGGAAAAGGCACCCCGAAUUACGUUAAACAAACUGAAAAUGAUGUAUUUUACGCGCAUUUACUUUGUUAAUCAAAUCAGUAAGAACAAUUCAAAGUUGUUUGAUUAUUAUCAUGAGCAAACGCCAACCUGAGCAAAAGCGUAAUACAGUUUAGGCAGCACUGCACUUUGUUAACGUGCGAGCACUGAAUUGAACAGUUUGGCAACGAUUUGAAUUUGCCGAUAGUUUCGAUACAAUUUGAUUCAGUCGAGCUGUAAAUAGUUUAAAGCACUUCGCUUAAAGAAAGAAGAAUAUUCACCCCAAUCAAGUUCCCCUUGUUGAUGUUCACGCGCAAACUAUACUACACUGCGUUAAUUCAGUGCUUGAGGUUGAAUCGAACACGUCACAGACAACCCACGCGAACGACUUGGUAAACGCUAAAAGCCAUGCAAGAAAGAAACAUCUGCUCUCGCGGGGUAGUCAUCCUAGCGGAACUUGAGUCUUUUCGAUAUUACAAGGGCUUGAGUAUUAUUUUCCUGAAAAUUUUAGAUGCAAUUUAACGUUUUAAGAAAGUGAGAAUUUUCCUGAUUCCUCCCUCCGUCACAUUUUUAAAUACGACAAUUUUAGGUUUCCUUUUUCGGCCUACUUUACUUUGCGAAACGAAAUGGAGCGAAGCGAAAUGGAACGAAACGAAAUGAAAAUACCAUAUUCGACUUUCUCGCUGCGUCUAAUCUGGGAGUAGAUAGUAUAAAAAUGUGAAAAAUUAAACUUCAGAAAAUCGUAGCGAAUUUAUAAGACAGGUUUCGAGAAUUGUACAUUCGUUGGGUGCCCCUGUAUUCAGUUGAAAUCAGCUCUUGAAUUCGGUGAUGUUCAUCGACUGUCUAUUAAAUCAGCCAGCUAAUAUCUAACGAAAAAUAAAAAGUCUCACGACCCAAACGAAAUUCACUGGUUUUCGAUGAGAGAGAAGACCAAGGUAGGAGUAGUUUUCCCAAUAUAAUGACCCUAAAUGGAACCCCAAUUCACUCAUUUUCCUAACCCUAAUCACUAAACUUCUGAGUCAUUCGGCUUUCGGCGGCCAUUCGACGUUCUGCACAAAUAAAAUGACCAUGCUAGCCUUAAAGGCUCUCACUUCAUGGCGGCAAACGACUUUGUCCUUGUUGUGUUAACGAAAGAGAAAUUUAACCAAGUUAAAUGAGAGAAACUGUAAAAACUACAGGCAGAAACUUGAAGUGUAGAAGUUUUACUAUCUUCCAAAUGUUUCUACACGAAAAGGAAGUCGCAGCCGCAAAAAUUAGACGACUUUAAAGAUAAAAUUGUUUCAAGAUUCACCGGAGCGAAAGGAUAAAAGGUUAGAUAUAGUUUGCUACACGUACCUUAACUCGCACAUAUUUGUGGUAAUCGCUUAUGUUCAAGGCUAAGCUUUCAAUCUUUUCAUUCUAGAAGUAAUUUAUUUCUAUGUUACAACACUUUAUUUGACAAAAUCCACAGAAAACUAGCACAGAAGAAUCGUGCGCCAUGUUCGAUCAUUGUCUUCUCAGUGGUCCGCAUACAACUCAUUUACAUCACUUCGCAGUAUUCGGGAGUUCAAUCAGUGCUUUCGUAUCCGAAGGUAUCGGUUAAACUCCAUCAUGUCUGAAGUAGCACAAGCAAAGUCACCGGCUAAGAAGAAGCCACCUAAGCCUAAAAAGCCAGCUGAUCAUCCACCAUACAGUGAGAUGAUCAAGGCUGCUAUUGUAGCUCUGAAAGAGCGAGGCGGAUCUUCGCGCCAAGCCAUCGAGAAGUACAUCAAAGCCAACUACAAGGUUGGCGAGGUCGGCCCACACUUGAAGACGGCUCUCAAGAGAGGAGUUGCUGGUGGAAAGUUAGUACACACCAAAGGCGUUGGUGCUUCUGGCUCCUUCAAGGUGCCCAAGGAGGAAAAGAAGGCUCCGAAGAAACCGGCGAAGAAGCCAAAGAAGCCCGCCGCCAAGAAGGUAGCAAAGAAACCAGCGGCUAAAAAGCCAGUGGCGAAGAAACCAGCGGCUAAGAAGAAGCCAGCCAAGAAAACAGCAGUUAAAAAGCCCAGUAAGAAAUCGACACCGAAAAAGACUGCAGCAAAGAAACCAGCCGCCAAGAAAGCUACAGGAAAGAAGACAAAGAAGCCUGCAGCCAAAAAGCCCGCCAAGAAAACUGCCGCCAAAAAACCCGCUAAGAAGUAA